UAGAAAUGUUAUUUACAUUACAUUGUCCAAAGUUGCUACAAUAAUAUACUAACAAUUUUCAUCGGCAAAAACUUGUUCCGGUUCACUAUGGCUAAAUGUUGUAUAGUGCCGAGUUGUGGCGCGUCUAGUCAAGAUUUCGGAACGGUUCUAUUUUGCUUCCCGAAUGCGGAGGACUUACGAAAACGAUGGACCAAAGCUCUGGGAAAAGCGGUAGUCCAACCUAUUCCAGAGUCUGCUUACGUAUGUUGGAGUCAUUUUGAGAGUAAAGCCAUACUAAAGGAGGAGAGUGGCUUCCGGCGACUGGAAGAUGCUGUACCUGUGCAGUACCUAGGCACCGCCUCUGGCGAAGGUGGCGGCAAUCCAGCACAAUUUUGUCGGUUCUGUGCAAAAAAGAUGCUCAGUGAGCUAUUGGGUAACAACUUAAAUGAGAUGAACCGCUCGGAAGAUUCUAGGAAGCUGUUGUGUUUUUUGCUUCCGGGUGUCAUCGAAUCGAAUCUUUCAUAUUUGACCUGUGAUGAGUGUUUUGUUUUCCUCAAACUGAUGGUAAGGUUCAUGAGAAACUGCGAUAAGGCAACUAGACAGCUGGAAAAUAUAUCACUGUUAUUCCACGAAAAAAAUAAUAUCAAAUUGGAGAUUACCACUGCAAAAAGUGAAGUUAAUGAUCAUCUUGAUUGCUCUGAGACUGUCUUCAAGCUAGAAGUUUCUGAUUCAGGGGGAUUUAGCGACCGAGAUUUAGAUGAUACCGAUGCAGAAGAUAAUGUUCCUCUAGCAAAUCUAAUCACGCAAAAAUUGGCAACCGACCAACUCAAGUGCUUGCACUGCUCAUUUACUUGUGCAAAGCGAAAUCAAAUGGCUAGCCAUAUGAAAAAACAUCGAAAUAUCAUGCAAAAGCCCGUUGAAAGAAAACCUAUCACCUGCCCCGAGUGUCCCUACAUCUGUAGCAAACCGAAUCAGCUUGCUGGUCAUUGGAAAAAGCAUAAACAACGUAGUCCAAGUCGCACUGAAUUUGAGGAUUCAAACGAAAGCGCUGUCGUUAAACCACCUCAUAAAGAAGUUAACGAACGUACACAAGACGUGAAGCCUAUCGCAGUAGAUUCCACGGACGGCAACCUUUCCCGCGAAACGAAUUCUAACAAUCUUCUUCAGUGUCCUGAUUGUCCAUAUUCGUGUGAACGGAUCAUUCAGCUUGCUAGUCACAAGAAAAAACACAGCAGCAGCAAGAGAACGGGGGAUGACCAUAAACCAAAUAUGGUGAAAGAUUUCUAUGAGUGUGAAUUCUGCGACUUCACGUGCAAAUUACAACGACAAAUGGCUGGUCAUCGAGCGUCCCACUCGAACCAGAUAAAGAAAUCCAAACCAUCUGGAAAGGAGCGAGAUCACAUGUGCUCGAUAUGUGGCAAAAUACUGUCCACGCGUGGAUCCUUUUUCGUACACAUGAAGUACCAUAACGAUCAACGCGAUUACUCAUGCACGAUGUGCGAGCGGAAGUUUUACUCCAAGCGCGAUGUAACAAUGCAUAUGCAGUCGUUUCACGAGAAAAAAGUCUUCGAAUGCAAACUAUGUGGUGUCAAGUGCACCUGGAAAAACGCCCUGUACAAACAUAUGCGUAAACACGACUCCAGGUCUUUUAAACAUGAGUGCUCUUAUUGUGGCAAAAAGUUUAUAGCGGCCAACGAGUUGCGGCUACACGUUUGGCGACACACUGGUCAGCAGCUAACAUGUGAUCUGUGUGGAGCCGGAUAUAGAUUCAAUUUCUUGCUUACGCAACACAAGAUACGUGAACACGGAAUACAAAUCGAAGGAGUCAAACUAUACAAACGCUUCAAGAAGGAUAAGAAAGAUGCUGAGAAUCCUGGCCGCAUUAAAGCACAACAAACAAUGAUUGAUCAAAUGGACCGACCAAAAGAACAUCCAACCUACGGGACACCCAGCUCGUCAUCUUUCAACAGAAGCAGCUAUCCACCUAAUCAUUCAACAGAGUACCCAACAUUUCAACCCCCAUUGCAACAACAAUCCUUGGCACAAGUCUUCGGACAUGUGAGUAGUUUUCAAAAUAAUUGAAAUAAAGAAUUCUGCAUUCGUUUCUGACCUACUAAAAACA